CGGCGUGCCCCGCCCCGCCCCGCGGCCCCUCGCCCAUCAUGUUGGUGCCCGUGUUCACGCUGAAGCUCAAGCACAAGAUCCUGCCCCGCAUGGUGGCGCUGGGCCGGUACGACGGGACGCACCCCUGCCUGGCGGCCGCCACGCAAGCGGGCAAGGUUUUUAUUCACAAUCCUCAUGCCCGAGGACAGAGAAUAAACACAAACAGAAUGGUGCAAAGUAACCAAGAUGCAGACAUUUCUCUUCUCAACAUUAAUCAAGGGAUCACUUGUCUGACUUCAGGGGUGCUGAACCCUCAGCUGGGUUAUGAUUGUCUUCUGGUUGGAACACAGACUAAUUUAUUGGCUUACGACGUGUACAACAACUCAGAUUUGUUUUACAGAGAGGUUUCAGAUGGAGCCAAUGCAAUAGUUCUUGGGAAGCUGGGAGAUAUUUCACCUCCACUUGCUAUUAUUGGUGGAAACUGUGCCCUGCAGGGCUUUGAUUAUGAAGGAAAUGACCGUUUUUGGACAGUUACUGGGGACAACGUUCGUUCAUUAGCACUGUGUGACUUUGAUGAUGAUGGAAAAACUGAGCUUCUUGUUGGCUCUGAAGAUUUUGACAUCCGCGUAUUUAAGGAGGAUGAGAUUGUGGCAGAAAUGUCAGAGACAGAGACCAUCACUGCCCUCAGCCCCAUGUAUGGCAGUCGCUUUGGCUACGCUCUUGCCAACGGCACCGUCGGCGUUUACAACAAGGCCGCGCGCUACUGGAGGAUUAAGUCAAAAAAUCAAGCAAUGAGCAUACAUGCAUUUGACCUGAACUCUGAUGGAGUGUGUGAGUUGAUCACUGGCUGGUCUAAUGGGAAGGUUGAUGCACGCAGUGACCGGACUGGGGAGGUCAUCUUUAAGGACAACUUUGCUUCCUCGAUUGCAGGGCUGGUGGAGGGGGAUUACAGAAUGGAUGGGAGCACCCAGCUAAUCUGCUGCUCAAUUGAUGGUGAAGUCCGAGGCUAUCAGCCAGGAGGGGAGGAAAUGAAAGGGAACCUAAUGGAUACAAGUGCUGAGCAGGAUCUUAUCCGAGAACUUAGUCAAAAGAAACAAAAUCUUCUGCUGGAAUUGAAAAAUUAUGAGGAAAAUGCAAAGGCUGAAUUGACCACUCAGUUGAAGGAAGCUGAUGGGCAGAGAGGUCUGAUUCCAGCAAACACCCAACUCCAGACAGCCCUCUCAGUUAAUCUGGGCUCUGACAGCCAGUCUGCCCAUGUGGAGCUGUGUAUUUCCACCACAAAUGACACAAUCAUCCGUGCUGUGCUGAUCUUUGCUGAGGGCAUAUUUGAAGGAGAGAGCCACGUGGUCCACCCCAGUGCCCAGAACCUCUCAGGCUGUGUUCGUGUUCCCCUUACUCCACCCAAAGAUGUUCCUGUGGAUUUACACAUCAAAGCCUUUGUGGGGUACCGAAACAGCACACAGUUCCACGUGUUUGAGUUGACAAGACAGCUUCCUCGCUUUUCCAUGUAUGCCCUGAGCAGCCCAGACUCGGCCACAGAGCCCCUGAGCUAUGUUAACUGUACCAUGAAUGAGAGGCCACAAAGGAUCGUUAUGUGGCUGAAUCAGAGCUUCUUGCUGCCAGAGGAUGCAGAGUUCCAGAGUGCUCCCUUCCAGGUUUGCUUCACUUCCCUUCGUAAUGCAGGUCAGCUCUGCAUCAAGAUCAAGCCUGGUGGAGAGAUUUCUGUCAACACAGAUGAUAUUGAUCUAGCUGGUGACAUUAUCCAGUCAAUGGCCUCUUUCCUGGCCAUUGAGGAUUUGCAGGUGGAAGCAGAUUUUCCUGCCUACUUUGAGGAGCUGCGGAAAGUAUUGGUGAAGGUGGAUGAGCACCAUGCAGUGAAUGAGAGGCUCACUGCUGACAUGGCUGAGCACUCCAACCUCAUCCGCAGCAUGCUGGUUCAGGCAGAGGAUGCCCGGCUCCUGGGAGACAUGAAAAACAUGAAGACACGCUACAGUGAGCUGUAUGACCUGAACAGAGAUUUAAUAAAUCAGUACAAAAUUCGUUGCAACAAUCACACAGAGCUGUUGAAUAAUCUGAAAGCUGUGAACCAGGCAAUCCAAAGGGCUGGGCGGUUACGUGUUGGCAAACCUAAGACACAAGUGAUCAGUGCUUGUCGGGAUGCAAUAAGAAGCAGCAACUUCAACACACUGUUCAGGAUAAUGCGUGUGGGAACAGCUUCUUCUUAGGGAGAGGAGCAGCAGCUGUGCAGAGGCAGUGAUUCCAUGCACUGAGCAUCUAGUGGGUGACAAGCAGUUUAUUCAGACCCCUACUCCACUGUAGGGUGAAGUAAUUACAAUGAUACUGCUGUAGUUAAGUUGUCAGGUGAGAAAUAUUACACAGACCAAAACUCCAUGAAGAGAGCAUCAGAGUUUAAGUGCAGAUGUGGUAUUUAUGUAAGACAGAAGUUCAAACAGUUAUUUUUUAUUACAGUAAUUUAUUUAUGUAUUUAAAUAUAUUUUGUAGUUAAGGCAUUGGUCUUUUCCAUUAAAACAUAGACUGGCUUGACGGAUUUUGUUCUGAUUUAGUUGGGGAGAUGUUUACUGCUAAAUUUAUGUGUUGAAAAAACCCAACCCAAACAACUUCUCUGAUUUCUGCUGCAUGGUUCAUUUACACUUGAACUCCCUGUGCUGGAGAGUCUGGGGUUUCACGCAGGGACGCGUGGCUCUCCAGGUAAACUGCAGAGCAGUGCACGAAAACCACCACAGGAUAACAUCUUGCUGGCUCUUAAGCCAGAAGAUCUUUGACAGAUAUCCAGUUCCAUGAUCUGUGCAGAUAGGAAGUGGUCUGUCUCAUAUUCAGCACUCUCCUCACACCUGGAUUGCAGAAGGUUUUGCUUCUAGCUACUGGUUCUGGUGCUACUGCUGGAAAAACUGCAGAUACUGAGGUGGGCAAGGGUGCAUUUCAGGAACAACAAAAACAAACUACACACCCAAGCUUGGUACAUAAUCAUGAAGAGCUGGUGGUACUUAAUGGGAUCAAAAGAAGGUAUUGGAAAAUGACUUGGCUCCUGGCUCAAACCUGUUUAGUUGUGUGAUCUCUUAGAAUUGGAUUAAAAUAUUACAGUAAGGCUCUAUCUCAGAUCUAAAGGUAUUUUAGAACCUUUGCCAAAGCAAAUUUCUUUUGGAAGCUAAAAAUAACUUGCACAGGAUGGAGGUUGGGCCCCAGUGCUCCUGCAUCAGCAUCACCCUUGC